AUGAUAUACAAUAGAAUAAGGAAAGAAGCUAUACGCUUUCUGUAUAGUUUUUCUCAAAGACCUAAGCGAUGUGAUUCGUUGGCAAUUUGGCAAAAAAAAAGUUCUUUCGCUCAUCAACAGUUUCCAACACCAAUAGUUACUUCCUUCAGUUUAGGACGUAAAAAUCAAGACGAGUCACUUCGCCUAAUAUUCGACAAUUAUGAUGAAUGGCAUUCAUUUUGUGCUCUGCAAUAUAAUUAUUUCUCAAGUUCUUUAACAACCAAGUCGGCGGGGUUAUUUCGAAAUCCCGAGUUAACGUCACCACAAGGUUUUCAAGUGGCGACCGAUAAAGCUUUGAAUAAAGCAAAAUCUAUAGUUAAUAGUAUUCGCAUAGCGAAUACUGAUGAUGAAUUACGCAUGGUGGUAAAGAAUUUAGAUCAAUUGUCAAAUGUGUUAUGUUCAGUGAUAGAUUUGGCGGAAUUUAUUCGAAAUGCUCAUCCAGAUCAAGAAUUUUCACAAGCGGCAAAUCGUGCUUAUGUAGAUUUAUGUUCGUAUAUGAAUACCUUGAAUACAAAUACUGAAUUAUAUAAGGUAUUGAAAUACGUGCUUUCAACACCUAGAAUCUCUUCACAUUUUUCUGACGAAGAAGUGCAAGUAGCCAAUGUGUUUUUACGUGAUUUUGAGAAAUCGGGUAUUCAUCUUCCCUCGUCACAACGAGAACAAUAUGUAAAAUUAUCUGACAAGAUUAUUGCACUUGGUUGCAAAUUCGCACAAACACCCCCAACUAGAGCUAUUAAACAAAUUGGAGUUUAUCCCGCGUCACGUCUUGAAGGACUGAAUCCGGAGUACAUAGAAAAUGUCAAUCGGAAUAAAGUGGCAGUAUUACAAACUAAUCAAUGGGAAAUGGUGUUGAAAUACGUGAAAGAUGAGCAAGUACGAAAAGACAUGUAUAUAGCUGCAAAUUCUGCGUCUAAGUCUCAAAUAGAUACAUUAGAGGAUUUAUUGAGAACAAGAGCAGCAUUGGCCAAUCUUGUAGGCAUGGAGAGUUACGGUCACAUGUUUCUUAACGAUAAAAUGGUUAAAACACCAGAUCAUCAUCGUCCUAAGGCACUUGCGGAUCUUAAGCUUCUUCAAAAAGCCAAGCAAAAAUAUACGGACUCGAAAGUUCCAGUAACAUUAAAUGCAUGGGAUCGGGAUUAUUACACCGCUGCGGUGAUGUCACAAUCUUUUACUCAGCCAUUAGCCCCAAUUUCUCCCUAUUUCUCUGUUGGCUCCGUCAUUCAAGGAUUGUCGAUGCUUUUCUCACGAUUAUAUGGUAUUUCAUUUCAACCCGCCGAAGUUUUGCCUGGUGAAGUGUGGCAUGAAGAUGUUCGGAAAUUGGAUGUUGUCGAUGAGACAGAAGGAAAAGUCGGUACUAUCUACUGUGAUUUGUUUCAUCGACAUGGCAAAUUCCAAAAUGCUGCUCAUUACACUGUAAGAUGCUCGAGACGCGUUGAUGUUGACCAUGAUAACAAAAGUGAUUAUCUCAUUUCUGAUAAUUUGGAUUUAACAGAAUUUAAUGAUUUACCGUCAUUUAAUCGAGGAGUGAAAGUGAACGGAAAAACCGGACUUUAUCAGCUGCCUGUUGUAGUGUUAAUGUGUGAUUUUGCAAGACCAAUAAGUCGAAAUGAUCCAACUCUACUAAGUUGGAAUGAAGUAGAAACAUUAUUCCAUGAAAUGGGUCACGCGAUGCAUUCCAUGAUUGGUCGAACAGAUUUUCACAAUGUUGCUGGUACCCGAUGUCCUACAGAUUUUGUGGAGUUACCGUCAAUAUUAAUGGAACAUUUUGUCUCAUCGCCUCAAGUUCUCGAAAUAUUCGCGAAUCAUUAUCAGACUCGAGAUCCAAUACCCCAUAAUUUAAUCCAAUCUCAUAAAAAAGCACAUUCAACAUUUGCUGCAAUCGACAUACAACUUCAAAUAGUAAUGGCUUUACUAGAUCAACUUUAUCAUUCAUCACUCGCCACAACUCCGUCUUUUGACACGACAGCCAUUCUAGCUAAUCUACAAGACACGGUCGGUCCAUUUCCGUCCGUGCCAAAUACUGCCUGGCAAAUACAAUUCGCGCAUUUAUUUGGAUACGGGGCAGGCUAUUAUAGUUAUUUGUUUGGACAAGUUCUAGCGGGGAAGUUAUGGAAAGAAAUUUUCGAAAAGGAUCCACUAAGUAGAGAAGCUGGGGAAAAGUUCCGCCGAGAAGUUUUGCAAUGGGGUGGAUCACGGGAUCCGUGGUUAUGCGUGGGAAGCGCGCUCAAUGACGAGAGAAUUGUUGCGGGUGAUAAUAAGUCGAUGCUUAUUGUUGGAGAAUGGGUCGAUUCUCUUUGA